CGAAUUGCACUUUCUGGAUUAUUACCUGUAGAAUUCCGUGAUUUCUUUAUUGCCGAUGAACUUAAUAGUAUGGCUUUUUCUAUCUGGAUGAUCACCUACUUUUUCUGCGUUUAUAGUUGGCAUUGGAAUGAUUUAGAUAAUCAUUGUAAUGUUCCGAAGAUGUGGGUGACUCCUCUUUUGGCUUGUUUACCUCCUUUAUCGCGUGGUUUACAGUGUUUACGACGGUAUCAUGAUUCAAAGGAAGUACAUCAUUUGGUCAAUGGAUUGAAAUAUGUUACAAGUAUCCUGGCUACUGUUUUUGCUGGAAUUCGACGCAUCUCUCCUUCUCCGGGUAUAGAAAUCACUUGGGUUCUUCUUUCUAUUAUCAAUUCUACAUAUACCUCCAUCUGGGAUAUCAAAAUGGAUUGGGGCUUAUUGGAUGUGAAAAGUUCUCAUUUCUUGUUACGUGAUGAUUUGGUCUUUUACAAAUGGACCUAUUACACUGCGAUUCCAUUGAAUAUCAUGCUUCGGUUUGCUUGGGCCAUCAACAAAGCUAGUCUUGCCUACCACAGUGAAAUCCUUGCAUUUGGUACUGCUAUACUUGAAGUCUUUCGUCGAAUUGUGUGGAAUUUUUUCCGAUUAGAAAAUGAACAUUUGAACAAUUGUGGUAACUAUCGUGCCAUCAAAGAAAUACCGCUACCUUUUGCAUUGAAGGAAACAUAUAAAAUGGAUCCAAAUGAACAAGAAGAAGGAACGAUUUAUUUACCACCGGAUCAAGAAGAAACUCGUUCUAACAAUAACAGCGCUGUGUUACCUGUCAUCACCCCCGAUCUUAGUGAUACAUUAGUAAAACCAAGCGACUUGGUGUCAUCGAAUGUUGGUUCCUUUUAUGGUCGUCGUGAUUUUGAAACUCGACAAGACAAGGAGGAUGACCACAAACUUGGACUUCCGGUGCGGCAACCAUCUAUGGUAGGACAAGUAUUGGAAAGAAUUCGUACUUUGGGAACACCAGAAGAAAGUGAUUCAGAAAUAGAUGAUGAUGAUAGUGAUAGUUAA